AUGGCAAGCUCCGACACUGGCGCCGAAAAGGACCUAGAUCUCAAAGCUGCCCGUCUAACAUGCCGCGCCCUGAGCGGUAUCGCAACACACUGGCUCUAUCACUCCAUUUACACACGCAUCCCAUCCUUCCAGAACAACGUCGUCCGCCAGGAAAUUGAAGGCCUCCAAGAGCUCGUCUCGAAAUUUGCACCACUAGUUCACAAGAUUGACAUCGACGGCGGAGAUGACUAUUGCUCGUUCGAAGUGGCCUCGUUCCUGGACAAGCUGCCCGCUUUGGAGAAGAUUCACAUGUGCGGCGUCCGUACAUCGUGGUACCAUGAUCAGUUUUUCCAGGGGGAUUUCGAGAGGGCUAUGCUCCGCGCGAGUCUCAUUACUCCAAUUGAAACCAGGAUUCUGGCUGAUUUAAAGUCUUUGACCCUGAAGGUCCACCAAGAUCAGGGAGACUGGCUCCUCACAGAUCUUGGAAUUCUAUUUUUGAUUCCCCAACUCCAGCAUUUAACCCUAGACCACAUCGUUUUGAAUUAUGGGGAUCCCGCAUUAUUCCCACAUCCUUGGGCAUCUUCGGGGCUCACUCACUACUCCCACCAGACGAGCCUGGAAUCUCUAUCCAUUAUCGACUCUUAUAUUGAUCUCCAGGCCCUAGAGGAGAUCCUGGCCCCCCCUCAGGCGCUGACGCAUCUUCGACUGGAGAGUCGCCGUCCGGACUGCGACGAGCUACCCGACGGCUGGCAAGAACGGACGUGCAACCGGGAGGCCAUCUAACGUGCCAUUGCGCAGCAGAGACUGUCGUUGGAGAAGUUGGACAUCCGGUGGGAUGUGCGGUCGGCACCUCUGGAGGGACCUGGUUGGACGCGGGUCCGGUUCCCUAGGUUGAGGGAGCGUAAGGUGACUUUCGGAGCAAUCGAUGAGUCGCAUCAAAUCGAGAUCGGUGAUUUGAACAGUGGUAACGGGGAUGUGAGACCCCUAAUGUGAAUCCAUAAUGUGCAACACUGAUCGAUGGGGCAAGAGAAGAAGAGAUAGAGGAGACGCGAUAGCCCUAAAGAUUUAUCGAUCUCAUUGUCGGUUUUGGUCCAUGAAUGUUGUAGCUAAAAACUCUUU